AUGGCAGACAUGGACCUUGAACAUUCAGGAUUGCAGGAGGUAGCAAAUGCUAUGCGGGAAGAGAAUGCUAAUAUGAGCAACACUGCACAAAAGCGGAAGCGGGACUCCGAAUCAGCUGAUGACACGAGGCGCCUUAACAACAAGCGUGUUUCCCCGAAUUCUGUCAAUGACUCCGGUGACCAAUCGUUGGUCAAUCAGCAGAUCGGUGAUGUAGAAGCCCUGCAAAACUAUGCCAACCUUCAACACAAUCAACAAAUUCAUCCCGACCAUCAAAAUGGUGCCGCAGAUCAUGCAAACGCCUCAUCUACUGCCGCUGCGGCACUUGCUGGAAUCUAUCCAACCAUGACAAUUCCACAACCAACAGAUGUCUCUUUUGCUUCUCAAGCCUCCGAGAACGAUCGUCACCAGGAUUCAUCUUUUAUGGAUAAUAGCCAGCAGCCCGACAAUAGCUUCAUGGACAAUUCACAACAGCAACACCAACCUCAAAGUCGAAGUUCGGGUUCAAAACCUGUUGUAGGAUCCGAUGAAUGGCACAAGGUCCGAAAGGACAAUCACAAAGAAGUUGAGAGACGUCGCCGAGAAACCAUCAAUGAAGGUAUCAACGAGUUAGCGAAGAUUGUACCCGGAUGUGAGAAAAACAAAGGAUCUAUUCUACAAAGAGCUGUUCAAUUCAUCACCCAGCUCAAGGAGAAUGAGACUCAAAACAUUGAGAAAUGGACACUUGAGAAGCUUCUCACUGAACAAGCCAUUGCGGAACUCAGUGCUAGCAAUGAUAAGUUGAAGACAGAAUGUGAGAGAGCAUGGCGUGAAGUUGAGACAUGGAAGAAGACAUGUCAAAGUGCUGGUUUGGCACCCAAAAAGGAAGAUGCUGGUGCUUCAGAUAAUUAG